AUGGGCAAGCUGGAGAAGACUUCAACUCCUCAUUGUGCAGAUGAGGAAGCUGGUACAAGCAAUGGGGAACUAGAGGUGCAGCCCGUGCCAUCAGCCAGAGAAGCUGCUGACACACUGCACACUCCAGCACAGAGGGUGCCCCUGCCCAUGGUGGGCUGGUUGGUCUAUAAGGAUGAUGGUGAGGAAGAGGAAGAAGCGGGCGAGUUGGGCGUGCAGAGGCCCCGGAGUGGGGCUGGAGAGGCUGAGAGCCUGGGACCCCCGGCCCGGGCCUGGAAUGCCCGUCCCCCACCAGGAACCAGCUUUCGGCCUCAGGCCCGCUCCCUGCAGCCUGCCCGGCUCGGAGACUUCGUGUGCCAGCCCCUCCAGACCUGGCGUCUGUGCCGAGGGGACUCUCAGGGGAAGACAGUGGGGAGAGCCUUGCACACAGACCCGGCCGGAGCGUGCGGACUGGCCCGGGAUUCUGAGCCCGAGGUUCGCGCUCGCUGCUCCCUCCGGAACACGCCGAGCAGGGGCAUGUCCCCUCACCGGGACGGCCCCCCUCCGGGCCGACUCCGGGCCCCUCCGCACCCCCGCCGCCCCCAGACCCACCGGAGUUGGCUUCUCCUGCUCGCUGGUGCCCCCCUGUGGCCUCCGGCGGCAGCGCCCCGAGAGGGGGAGGGCCUCGCCCUGGGGGAGGACACCGUGUCCCCGGGUGAGCAGGCCGGUGGCGGGGAGCGGGCGGCUGACAGAUGUUUACUUCGCCGCCGCCGCGCUGGGAAGGGGAACGGGCGGCCGCCCCCCCCCCCCCCAAAGGGGCCCCGGCUCAAGCCCUUCUCACCCGGGGAGGGGCGACCCAGGGACCAGGAGGUGGGGGCGGGGCGGGCUGGCGGCAGUGAGGGUGGGCAAGGUGGAGGCGGAGGGGCCCGGGCUAAGCCGGGAGGGGAAGCCCCGGGAACUCGGCGCGUUCGCCGCUCAGCAAGGACGGGAGGUGCUGGUGAAAAUGAGGGGCGGAGGAGGACGGGGACCCUCGCCCCUCGGGGAGCUGAGACCCGGGAAGCCCCCCUCCGCCGGGGCGCCCCGCUAACCUUUCACAUCCCCUCACCGCGCAAACAGUCCUCCUCAGCCCACGGGCUUCCCCACAUUCCCAGCCCCCUCCCGCCGGUCCCCCCGUUCCCACCCGCGGAAGUCCCUCUGGCCACACGGGGACCUCACCCCCAGUGUCCCACAGCCCCCAUCCUCGGGGAAUCCUCCCCCUCCUGCUUGCCCCUCCUGGUCAUCCCUCCCCGGCGGGACCUGGCGGAUGGGUCGCUUCCCAGGGACGGCGGCCCAGACCAGCUCUGCCCAGGCGCCGGCCCCGGCCUCCCGAGCCCGGCCGAGCCCCGGGGACCCCUGGGCAGCGCCGUGGCUCCAUCCCAGCCGGCCCAGCCCGAAGGGGGCGGCCGCGGGGGGGCUGGGCCGGCUGGCCCAUGGGGCCGGGGGGCCGCCCCGUCCAGUCCCGGCGCCGGCGCCGGCCUCAGCCCCGAGCCCCGGUCAUCCCGGGCCCGGGGGGCGGCGGCGGACACGGCUGGGGCCUCAGAAGUCCUGGACGGCGGGCGAUCUCCGAGCGCUCUGCUAGCGGGGCAGCUGGAGGAGCCCGCUCCCCGACGGCGGGGCAGGGGCUUGGGCUGGGGAUCCCGAGGGCGACCGGGGGACUGUGUUGGGUCCCGGCGGCGGCGGCCCGUGGGCUCGGUGCCGAGGGCUUGCCCCGCCAGCCGGCUCCGACUCGGGAUCCCAGUAGCCCGACUCGCCCACCCUCCCGCUCUCCCGGCUCUGCGGCUCCCCCGGGGCGGCAGGGCUCCGCCGCAGGAGGCUCCGAGCGCGCGGGGGGCGGAGCAGGGGGCGGCCCGGGCUGCUGGGGGCCGGGAGGGUCGGGUUUCCCGCGGCCCCGCCUCGCCCCGCUCCGCCUUCCUUCUGCCCGCCCCCGACCGUCUGCCUUCAGGGGCCAGAGGCGCGGCCGGGCUGAGGCCGCUGGCAGCCUGGGGAGCAGGUGACUCGGGGGUCUGGGGAGGGAAAGGAGCCGGCACGCCGCCCCUUGCCAAGGUCCGAGCCGCCAGCUCCCGCCCGGUCCCAUCCCCCGCCCGGGCCGGACAGCGCCCCGCCCUCCACCCCCAAGCAGCUCUGGGAGGGCGCCCCUCGCCCACUCUGCUGGCGGGGUCCCAGGCGGUCCGGAGCCAGGGAGAGCGCCCCGUCCUUCCCAGGGCACAGCCUGGACGGCGCCCCCACGGGCCCCAACCCCGGCUGGUCCUCCAGGAUCUCCAGCUGGUGGGGCGGACACGACUGGGUGUAGGGGGGGCCUGUGCGCGCGCGCGCCUGGGAGGGGGCCCGCAGACAACACCAGCGGGACUCAGCGAGGACUCUCCCGGCUACACCUCAUUCCCCAGCGGCCCUGCCCCUCCCUCCCUCCCUCCCUCUUCCUCUGGGCACAUCACCAGGUGA